UCAGGAAACGCAAUUCCGCGCAACAUUUCAGUGUCCAGGAACACCCGAUUCCUUUGUAAGUCGUAGUGAAGCCGUAAGGAUCAUCGUCGAGUCCAGCUGCUUGUAAAUUCAGCAAAUAAUUGGGUGUUUUAGUCCCGGUUUCUUUGUUUCUCCUAUUAUUCUCAGUCAUUUUGCUUGGUGUUUUGCCACCCAGGGGAGCGUGUCCCGACAUGUUCACGUGGGAAAGUGACGUCAAUGCAUACCCUCUAUAUAACAACACUUCACAAUGAAGGCAGAAGGUCUUUAAUUCUCAUUCUAGUAGUGUUGACGCCGCCGCCAUGUCGUGGAGACGCUGUGUGUUUCGUUGUGAAAGCAAAUCGACAUUGUUUGCCCUUCCAAAGGAUGACACAACUAAAAAUAAGUGGUUGAAGUUUAUUUACAACACUGUUCCAUUACAGUACAAUCCAAAUAUUCUAGUGUGUGCAGCGCAUUUUGCAGACGAUUGCUUCCUGAACCUGGGAGAGUACAAGGCCGGCUGUGCACAAAGGCUAUUUUUAAAAAGUAAGCCAUUUCUAACCAUUCCAACUUUGCAAGGACAGUCUGGCACUUCAGACCCAAAGCCUAGUACAUCUCAGCAGGGUUACGGUUUAAAACAAUUAUUCGCUUCAUCUCGAAGUCAUGAUGUUGGUUCUCAGACGGACAGUAUUGAAACAAUGCCUGCAGCGUCUCCAAAGACACGUUCAAUUGGCACACAGCUGUCUUGGGGUACAGUGAUGGAAAGGCACGUUCAGAGCAAAGUUUUUUCUUUAGAUGUAGGUUCUGAAACUACUCCCAGCUUCCCUGUAAUGCCAUUUUCUUCAACUCUCAUCAAAGCCGCUUCUUUCACACCACGCAAAAGGGCUUGUCAUGCGUUGGAUGAAGAAGAGGAAGAAACAGUUUCCGACGAUUCCACGAACAACCCAGAUGAAUCUGUUGUUACAGAGAAGUCAGACAUAUGGCAGCAGACCGCAUACAAUGUCUCCAAAUACAUUGUUUUUGAAAGCUGCCUCCGAGAGCUAUUUGACACAUGCCCAAUUUGCAAAACAAAGUGCGAUGUGCACUUACGACGAAUGGGCACCUAUGUGUCGUACACUCAGCUUUGCCCAAAGUGCAGUUAUUACAGAAAGUGGGAGAGUCAGCCUGUCAUUGGAAGUACCCCUGUUGGAAACCUACUGGUGUCUGCAGCUAUUUACUUUAGUGGUGCAUCCUACUUUAAAUUUGAAAAGAUUUGCAACUCCAUGCAGCUUCGGAUCAUCCACUAUGAUGCAUUUAGGAGACAUGCUAGGAACUACCUAGAGCCUGCUAUAAUACACAAGUGGAACGUGGAUCAGAACAAUCUUUUCAGGAAGCUGCAAGAAGGAAGAAAAGUUGCAGUUGCUGGAGAUAUGAGGGCUGUUUCACCGGUGGACACAGCAAAGUUCGGCAGCUAUACCUUGAUGCACCUGGACAGCAAUACCAUUCUUGACAUGCAGCUUGUUCAGUGCAGCAAGGUAGGUGGUAGCUACCACAUAGAGAAGGAGGGCUUGAAGCGUUGUCUAGACCAUCUGUACUCUAAUGGUUUAGCUGUGGAAUACAUCAUAACGGGUCGUCAUCCAAAGAUCCAGAAGUUUCUUAGAAAGUGCAACAUCGUACAGUUCUACGAUGUGUGGCACUUUGAAAGAGGUUUGUCUAAAAAGUUGGACAAACUUUCGCAAAAAAAGGGGUGCGAGAUAUUGAAGAAGUGGUUACCCAGCAUCAAGAAUCACGUAUAUUGGAGUGCUAUGUCGUCUACAUCUGGUCCAGAGAAGGUGGCAAAAUAUACUUCGAUGCUUAACCACAUCCAAAAUGUACACAUUCAUGAGAACCCUGUAUUCCCGAAAUGUGCACAUGCAGACAAAGUGACUAUAGAUCCCAAAAAAUGGUUCCAACCAGGGUCAAUGCCUCUCUACAAAGUGGAAAAGAUCAUGAACAAUAAGCGAGUCCUGAAGGAUGUGGAAAAGCUCAAUCACCAUUACCAGACUUCUUCACUAGAAGCCUUUCACAGUGUGAUCCUGCGUUUUGCCCCCAAGAAUGUUGAUUUUCCUUUUGUUGGAAUGUUGUGCAGGUUGUACCUUGCAGCAAUGCACUACAAUGAAAAUGGAGACCGUGAGCAGGCAGUAACAACGUCAGGACAAGCAAUGUACAAGAUUGUUUUCCCUAAGUCAAAGAAGGGUGAAGCCACUGCAAAGCCACUAAAAACAGCCCCUUCAUAUGACUAUGUAACUGACUUGAUGAAGCUCGUCUUUGAGGAGGUGUUUGCAGACCCCACACCAUUUGUGGAGAAGCUGAAAAAAAUCCCCAUUCCUGAACCCCUGUCCUCUCAGUUUGAAAGGCCUUCGAAGGAGGAAGUUGUUCACCGGCACGUGUCACGCUUCAGUCGAAAGCCAACAAACUGUCCAUCCGGAUCGGGGAACUCCUGCCGAAUGCGAAGCACAACGCAGGACGGGAGAACAACUCUGAUGUUCUGUCCUAAGUAGCCCCAGCACCAGUUUACAGAGCUUCGAUAGGCGAGAUAUCUGUACCGCCUGUAAAGACCGAUGUUAACAUUAUAACUUUUUUAUUUUAAUCAAAAAAUGUGUACAUAUUUACAUUUGUAUGACUUAUUUUUUAUAAACAGAUAUUUUGAUGAACAACCUUCAAUUUGAUUUUAUUUAAAAGGAAUAUUGGUGUGUGAAAAGGAAUAUUGGUGUAGUACCCAAAUACAAGAAAAUGACUUAUCCCUUUUGUAUUUCCAAGCAGUAUACAUUUUCAACUUUUUUAUUACAGUUUUCACAUUUGCACCUACACAGUAACAGAACACCAGUAUGUUUUAAAACUUACCUUUUACAUCCUGCUCAAGUCGUGCUGGCAAAGUUGAUGUAUCAGCUUGCUCAUCUGCAUUUUCAGUGUCAGAUUCGGGCUCAAAUUGAUACUACUGAUGACAUUUUAUCACCUGAUAGUAUCAGUACAAUUGCUCUCGAAGCUGAUGUUCCAAAUAUGGGAAGGGGCGUUACAUUUACGUCACACUCUUGAGGCAUUCGGCCAAUCACAAUGCACUGGUUAACUAGUUAAUCGGAGCACACCGUGCUUUUCAGAGCGAUGAGCUUUGUAACGAAGCGUUUCAGAGAGGCGGGGCAAAGAGGAGCAACCUUCAACCAUGUAUACACAUUGCAUUACACCAAAUAUGCUAAAUAAUUAUCAGAAAAGGAGCUACGUCAUAUAACACCUUUAAAGUUACUCCUCCUUUCUUUCCGUAUACAUUUGGGUGGAAUUAUUCAAAUCUUACCACACACUGACAUAGAUUUGUGGGGGCGUGUUUAAACGAAGCAUUUUGGGCAGGUCUGGAUGAGCCUCCGCUUUUAGAUCGAAAGUAUACUUGGUUUUGAGACUUUUAUUUUUGCAGUUUUACACGUUUUAUUUAUGCAUAACCAGCUUAUAACACACCAAAGACAAAGAAAAACAUGAAAUUGCAUCAUAGGACCCCUUUAAUAACUCCUGGACACUAAUGGGCAAUUCAUCCAUAUGGACACACCUUCACAGUGCUGUUGUACAACAGGACAAGUAAAACAUUGAAAGUGACAUGAACACAUUUGCCCAUAAACCUGUUUCUGCCAGGUAUUCAGUAACAAAAGCAGGAGACUGUAAAACCUCAAUGACACCAGCUCUGUCAGAGAACAAGGCAGUUAUGCAGACCAGAGACCUAUCUGACAAUUUUAACUUCAACUAAAUGAAAAUAAAUACACACUGAGUGGACUCAUAUGGUUGGUUUAAUACCGGAUGAGAUGCAUGCAACCAACUUGUUGAAGGGUGUGCAUAUUUGAAACGAACGCUAUUUUUUUCCGUAGCCGCCUAACAUAUUAGGCUUGUGUUUUGAUGUAAAGAGAUGUAGAAACACAUUAUCAUUCAACUAUGUACAUUAAAAUACCAGUAAAACCAAAAGUCAAAUAAACACUCUAAACACUACUUAUUUUUAUCAUGCAGAAUUAAACAAUGUUAAGCAUUUAAGGUGCAUUACUAUGGAAGCAUAUUGGUAACAAUUUUCAAAUUGAAAUGCAAUUUGCAAAAUGGCAAUGCAAUAUGUAAUAUGACAAUGCAUUUAUGUCUUUAAAUAUACAGGUACAUUUAAAAUAACAUAGCCUAUGCGCAACAUUAGGUGCAAAAUGAAAAUUCAAUAAUACAAUUUACAUUUGUCAGUUCCUACACAACUUUUAAUAUGUAAUUUAAAUGCAUAUUUUAACGCUCUUUAAGUUGCAAAAUUAAAAUGCAUUCCCCAGAUUGAUUAUAUAUGUUUAAGAUAGCCAAGCCAAGAUAGCGUCAUUGCGAAAAGGCAGAGCCAUGUGAUUAUUAAAUCGCAUGCACACGAAUUGGAGCACAAAGACAGACAUGGCUUAAGUGUUUCUUAAGAUUAUUAGGUGUCUGUACUGUAGAUGAUAGAACUAGUAGCUACAUUGACAUUGUUAGAACAUCUCGCAGAAAAUUCUCUGCCUUAUUAGGCGGUGAGGUCGCUAUGCUGAACGUCUCAUGUUGACUUUCUCAUACGCGUUUUCAUCAUGAACACAUUCAGUAUUUUCAGUCAUAAUAUCUUCACACAAUUAUUCAGAAAUACACAAAUGUACAGCCCAAACAUGUCCCAUCCAUGUGGAAAAACCCAAGUACACUUGUCUGUGGUACUUUCGUGCUGGAGGCAGCGUAAGAGAGAUUAUGCACAAAUAUACGAAACAUUGCCAAAGUGAAGAUCUUGGUUUCUUAUUCAUCCGGGUGCCGCCGUUUGGGCUGUGACAGAUCCACUGUAACUCGAUUCCUGAAGUUACGGAAACGUUGCGCCACAAAAACAAUUUCUGAAUGAUUAAGAUAUUGACUAAGACAACAACAACUGAAUGUGUUGUUGAUGAAAAAUGUGCAUGCGAUUUAACGUGUUUCCAACACCUCAAAACAGCACAUAACGACAAGCGAUGCCGCAAUGAAAUGCAUUUUCAAGUCCACAUGGAAUUUUGCAACACUCAGCACACUGUGUAAAUCAAAAUGCAAUCCAAAAUGUUCAACCUGUAAAUGUUAAUGCAUUUAGGGAAAAUAACAUUUGAAUGAACAUUUUGCUACAGUUUUGCUUGGCUAUCUUAAGCAUAUAUAGUCAAAUCCAGGGAAUGCAUUUUCAUUUUACAUUUACAUUUAUGCAUUUGGCAGAUGCUUUUAUCCAAAGCAAAUUACAUUGCAUUGUACUAAAUAUAUAUAUAUAUAUAUAUAUAUAUAAAGUAUGUGCAAUGGCUGGGAUCGAACCCAUGACCUUGGCGUUGCUAGUGCCAUGCUCUAACCACUAAGUCACAGGAAAGCUGAAAUUUUUCAUUUUCAACUUCGUGUUAAAAUAUGCAUGUAAAUAACAUAUUAAAAGUAGUGUAGGAACUGACAAAUGUAAAUUAUUUAUUGAAUUUUCAUUUUGCACCUGUUGCACAUAUCGUCGCUGUCGGGCAGAAUCCUCGUAUCCCCAAAACCAUUAUUUUUCAGGAAGUUAAAAAAACUGCAUAUUUUUUGAGUUAUUAAACAUUGUAGCGUUAAAGUUGGUAUUAUACCUUAUAUUGCUAUCAUAUACUGUUGUGUACCAACAUUAACACAACAUUUCCCCAAAACCAUGUUUAAUCGGAGAUACAAGGUUUAUUACUUGGGAGCAGGGAGAUACGAGAUUAUGCUGUCAUUGAUAAGAAUGGUACGGACACAGACGUUGCUGCUGCCAGCAGUGUUCAUCAAAGUCUGCGGUCGCGUUGAGCCUUUAGACAAAAGACGAGGCUUUAAGAGCUAAUGAAAGCUAAUGACUGUGGUUACAUACAUCUUCUUAAACUCUACUUUAAACGUUAGAGCUAUGAGUGAUGCAAUACCAAAAUAAAACGUUAAACAUGCGGUCUUAAUAUAGGCCGAAAUUAAUCUGCACGCAAAUAAAGUCGGCGGUCGCGUUGAGCCUCUUGACAAGAGAAAAGGCUUCAAUUGUCAACCAAAGCUAACGACUGUGCUUACACACAUCUUCCUAAACUCUAUUUUAAAGGUUUAAGAACUAUAAGUGAUGUAAUACAAAAAACAAUGAGCUGACUAGGCUGUCUAAUAGUCGGAAAUUAGCCGAAUCUGCUCGCAAAUUUACCUUCGUGGCUCACGGACUUCCUUCUGCACCGAAGCAUUACAGCUAUCAAUUUUUAACAAAACAGACCUACUCAAAUGUAUCUAACCUAACUAUUUUCACUCGUUAUUGUCUAAAAAACUUUCAAUCAGGAGACGUAAUGCCGAGAAGCUCCCACGGAGUGAAGAAGAGGUGGAGUUACGAGACUUCUCAGACAGCUGAAGUGUUCAAUGGAGUUAAGAGAUUUGCUCUCAAGCUAUUUUCAACACUUUAGAUUGGUUAAUAAUUUGUAAAAAUAACAGACCCACAUGGGGACUGACCAAUAGCAUCGAUUUGUGAAAAAAUAUGAAAUUGACCAAAUUUGGACAUAAGAGGUUUCCGCCCGACAGCGACGAUAUGCUAUUUUAAAUGUAUAUUUAAGGACAUAAAUGCAUUGUCAUUUUAAAUACUGCAUUGCCAUUUUGCAAAUUGCAUUUCAAUUUGAAAAUUGCUACCAAUAUGCUUCCAUACUAUUACUUUAGGUUUAACUAGCAAAAAUAAUAGUAGCUACAUUAAUGCUGAAAUUCUGAUUGUUUUCUGCACAAAAAAAGUAAUUAAGGUAUAUUGCUUUAAAUUUUAAGAUGAAAAUAUUUAAUUCUAAUCGCGCUCACUCAACCGUACUGUACGCUGUCGAGAGUUGCUACACUAGCCUUUAAAACAUUAAGAAACUUCCCGUCAUGUUACAUUCGUAUUAAACAACACAGCCGACAGCAUAAAUGUUAAAUUAACACCUAUAGGAGGUUAUCUGCGUAAAUUAUGCUAAAUACUGGCUAUUUAAAAAAUAUCUUAUUAUAAUAGAUGUAUGAAAUAUUUUAUUAACUAUAUAAUUACUUAAAUUUCAAUUGUGAAGUAGACAUUGAGCACUAUAAACAGCAUUUACCUCACUAUAUUAUACAGAUUCCCUUGAAAUUAUUUUUUAUGACUGACAUUGAAAAUGGCCUAAAAGACAAAGUUAGUAAUUUCUAUCAGAUUUGUCUUAUGCUAACCCAUUUAACGUUUGGACUACACUUUCAAAACAAUCUAUUAUUAAAAACCUUCCAAAACGUAAUUAAAAAAAUGGGGGACUUGUAGUUAUUUUCUGUGUCAACUACACUUUGCCAUCAAUGCUAUUGAUACGACAUCGUUCUUUAACCCCAUCAUUUGUCAUUUUUGUUCUAAAUUUUAAGCUUUUGCUUAAUUCCAAGCAAGCAGGGACACAGACAAAUCAUUCCAAGUUGUAAUGUUUUAUAAGGAAACUUUAUGUGUGCAUGUGAAAUUCACUUUUCAUUUCAAGACAGAAAGCCAUUUUUGCAAAUUUCCAGUACAGCAGAUAAGGUUUGAUAUUAAAGAGUAUAAAAAGAAAAGAAAUCUGACUCCAAAUGCUUUUUCAACUUCGCAGACGUUAAGAGCAGGCUUUUGGUCCAAGUCUGCGGAAACCAUCUGUCCAACCUCUCCUUUACGUUUACUUUGUUCUCACUUGCAGAAAUCGAACGCUUUUGAUUGCAAAUCACCCCUGCCAUUCAUUAUCGGGCAUGGUUGCUAUCUGACAUAUGAUUGCAUAGAUUUAUUCAACAGUAAUUUAAUUUUAAUUAAGACAUAAUGGAAUGUUCAUCAAGACUUCAGCUCCCCCACUCCUUCUCAACCUCCAGAGCUGUACAUUGGGUCCCUGCCCUUUUCCUGUAGAAAGAGAAAAACGAGCGUACACGGAAAGGAAAAGAAAAACGUGUGGGAGAAAGCGUAUCAUGCACCUGACAGGCACAUUGCUUAUUUCUAACUCAAUAAAAACAUUUUUUUCAUUCAAUAGCCGUGUCGUCAUUGUAGAGGGGUCAGUACAAGGCUAUGUUGCUCACAUCAUCACCGAAGCUCUUACAUGGACAUUCAGUAAUAUCUAAGAAAAAAUUAGAGAUGGUUGCCAUUAUUAGUUACAGGUAGAUAAAUCCAUAAGGAACACGACUGGGUCUAGAAUCAAUGAGAGGAUGCUGUAUGGUCGACUGUGGGGAAAAAAUGACACUUUUGUAACUUCAUUCUUCAACCCCAAAAUAAAAUCAAACCAGUUCUGCGCAGGGGUGAAACUGCACAUUUUACGAAACCUCUAUCCUUAUGAAGCCCUAUGUAACCGCAUGACAGUUUUGUGUACUGGAAAACAAGUAUGUACAGCGUGGAAUCCUGCUAACUCAAAAUUGCUGGAGAGGAGAGAAAUAAAAAUAGGAGGAAAAAGCUGAGGUUAGAUUUUCGAAGAGUUCCACUGAUCCAGUACAAUGGGUUAAGAGGGCAUGUCGCAAAAAUCUAUAUCAAAACUCUUUGACUCAUUCUCUUCACUUUCCUACGAUAUGCAGCUUUGCUAUCUGCCAAACAACAUAUCCCGAACCAAAUAUCCCUCCCCACCAACCCUAGCAAGAAAACAACCAAAUUAAAACAAAGAAAAUAGCAUGUUAACUGGAAAAGCUUGUGCCCUCCCCGCCAGGGGUAGAGGGUGCAGGUUAAGAGUGCAGGCAUAGACUGCAGCCAAUGCCAAUUCUUUAAACUCACUUUUAGUAGAGUCAAAUUCAAAAAUAUCCUUUUUUAUUCAAGUGGCCUAAAGAGAAAACGUUAAGUGUCUUUACAUUACUGCUGGUGUAAAAAAUUUCCUUGGGCACCUUCAAUUGUAUUAUAUACAUCAUACAAGAUAAUGGGGGAAAAUGAAACAUGUUUAAAGAGCCUGAGCGCCGGCAGCAAUCCAAACCCGCACACCCUCACCCUUGACACUCUGAACCUGCAAUAAUCGUCUCUUAUUCCUUCUCGCCUAUAUCUUUCAUCUCCAUUCCUUAAGCUCUCUAAGACUGACAUGAGUUACACUGAAUCAAAAGGUGUGGCAAGCUUCAUCAACAGUUAUUAGCUCCUCCCAUAAUGCCAUGGUAACCCCUUCCCCUAAAUCAAUCCCCCUUCCCCUACAUCAAUCCCCCCUUCCCUCAGAUGUGCUAUUAAGUCCCAUUUCCAACACUCUUAAAUAUCUUCCUCAGGAGCGCUGAUCUCUUUAAGGACUAGAUGGGUGAGAAAAAGGCGGCAUCAUCCAGUGUUCUCAUCUAUUUAGUCU